CAUUCAGCCAAACUGCAGCACCGUUAAUACAUUUAAAUCCAGAUUAUUCAGACAUUUUCCGUUUUAUUUGUCUUUGUACAGAAUAAACACCUUCACAUUAUUAAAGAGGAAUAUUGUUUUCAUUAAAUUGAAUUUGUUUUGUAAGUUUUCUCUCUUGAGACCAAUGAUUAAUCCUUAUGUAUAAUUUAUGAAUGGACAAUAAUUUAAUUAGCAUAAUUAAAAACAGUUGCUUUGAUUCAAACCUCCUGCAGUGACCUGACUGAUCCAGUGUGUUAACAACACGUGUUAUUAACCCAAAUUAACAUAAACACUCAUAAACACAAACAUGGAUUUAAAUGUUCAGAUUUCAUUUUAAAUCGCAGUUAAUUCCAACGAGCCAACAGAAGCAGUUAAACAUUCUCCAUUAAUAACAGAACAACAGUGUCAGUUCUUAAGGACUGAUUAUGAAUCUCUUUACUUGGAGUGAUUAUCAGUGUUGUCUGUGAGGUUUGACAUGAGGCUGAUUACUGUGUCCAGUAGGUGGCGCUAUGGAUCCGACACAGAUUUGAUCCAUAGAUGUAUUCAGGUGGAAUCUCUCUACCUGUGAGCACCUUGGUGGAGUUCUAAGGACUUCCUGCUUCAUGGCGAAGCAUCAGAAUGGACCAUACUGCCACGGCCAGCAGGUGUAACGGAGGUGAAAGAUUUAGGUAACUUUUCUUCUUCCAGGUGAGAGGAUGAUACCGAGUCAAUGUGACGUCUGUGGUGUCUGUAGGAGGUCGUUACAGUACGAGGAGGGAAAUGGUGCCAAUUGGUGGCAAAAUCUCAACUGUGAAUCAAAAUGGCCGACUUCCUGUUGGACUGACAGUAUGGGUCCAACAGGGUUUGUUGUGUGUUUGUCUGUGCUGCACCUGAGGGCCGUUUGGUAUCAAAUUAAAGGAUUCACGAGUUUGAACCUGCGAGCCAAAUGUGGAAAAGUUCUCUAAACAGUGUCGGAAAAAAAGAAAACCAGCUGACACGAUUGAAGAUGACCGUUUCCUGGCUGUAUCAACGAGAUCUGUCAGUCCUGUGACCUUUGUCCUCACGUGACCUGGCGUUAGGGGGCGCUGUGGAGUCCUCUGGCCACGCCCACAACCAAUGAUGUCAUCAGUUUGAACUGAGAGAAAGAACCGGUCUGGCUGUGUCAGUGCUCGGCCCUGAUGAUGAUGAUAAUGUUGAUGAUUUGACGUUUUGAGGGUCUUCAGAGCUGGUUGUAGCUGUUGUCAUAGCAACAGGUCCACACACCUUUAACCUGCUGAGGUGUCAGGAUGUUCCAGGGUUAACCGCCAACAGGAAGUCAUGUUGUACAUUCAGUUGUUAGUCUGGCAUCAGGUUUGUCUCAGUCUUUAUAUUUGUGACUUUCAACACGAGGACGGACAGAUUACGUGAUCGUUACCGACUGUUUGUGUCUACAGCUGUUUUUCAUGGAGGACACAAAAUGACUCAACUCUUCUUCUCUGUCCUAUUUUAAGACUGAGCUCUAUAAAAGAAUAAAAGUGUGAAUCAGAGGAGCGUCCUCCCUCCGUCUGCAAAUAGAAACACUUUAAAAGGUUUUGAUCAGCAGCAGCAGUUGUCGGCUCUCAGGAGAACCCGACUUUUACCAACAUCCUGCCCAUGUAAGGGGAACUCCGCUGGGCCCCGGGGGUCCUGCUUCAGUCCAGACCCGUCCCUGAAGACCCGGGUCCAUUCACACUGUCAUCACGUCUCCUCUGCACCGCAGACAGCUGCUGUAUUUAAACCAGCUGCUCUCAGAUCAGCAGCAUCACAGAGGAGCAGCACGCGAUGGCGAGCAGAAAGACGAAGAAGAAGGAGGGAGGAGCCAAACGAGCCCAGAGAGCGUCGUCCAACGUGUUCUCCAUGUUCGAACAGACUCAGAUCCAAGAGUUCAAAGAGGCCUUCACGCUCAUCGACCAGAACCGGGACGGCUUCAUCGAUAAAGAGGAUCUCAAGGACACAUACGCUUCUCUGGGUAAACUGGACGUGAAGGACAGAGAGCUGGAGGACAUGCUGAGAGAAGCCACAGGCCCCAUCAACUUCACCAUGUUCCUCAACCUGUUCGGAGAAAAGCUGCACGGUACUGACCCGGAGGACACCAUCUUAAACGCCUUCAAAAUGUUUGAUCCUGACGCACAAGGCUUCAUUCACAAAGACGAAUUACAGAAACUACUGAUGACACAAGCAGACAAGUUCUCACCUGAGGAGGUGAAGCAGAUGUUCCAGUCGUCCAACAUCGACGCCGCAGGACACCUGGACUAUAAAUCUCUGUGUUACAUCAUCACUCACGGGGAGGAGCAGGAGGAAUAAACCCGACAGACACCUGAUCAGACGAGUCAUCGAUCGUCUCCGCUUCAAAUAAAGAUCAACAGAAAAAACCUGAGUUGGAAUUUAUUGAUUGAUCAGUUCCACCUCAUCUACAUGAAGGUGUUCUUGUUCCCCUCAGGAUGAACUGUGAUCGCUUUAUUGAUCCUCAUCAGGUCGACGUGCUCACUUCCUGUAGAACUGAUGACAUCAGAGCUGAAAUCAAUCUGUCACAUGAGGUCCUGAUCCUCCCCCGUACUGAUGUGAGUCCACCGGUCCAUGUAGGAUUUAAUGGACUCAACAGUCAGAUUUGGUCCCAAGUUUCACCACGUUUGUGUCGUCAAAUAAAAAAAAAA